ACUUUAAAUAAGUAGACCGUGGCGAUGGUCUUAACCAUGAAAUCUCUUGUGAGAUGUUAGCCAUCUCCUCGUUUUCCAUGAAUGUCAUGGAUAAGGCCUUUCACAUACAUGUAAUUCGAAUUAAACUGCUCUGUACUGAUGGUUCAUUGGAGCAUCCUGAAUGUUCGUUGAAAUUUAAACCAUACUAAGUCCUACACGAGCAUCUAGAAGCAUCUUCCAAUUAAUUGGAGGCUUCUUCAUCACUAUAAUAAUGGGGACAAUGAUACUUCCAUUGCCUAUCUCUACUCGUCAACACUUCUCAUCAGAAUACAGUAUACACACUCCAUUUAUUUCUCGACACUGCUAUAGGAGGCAUCAUUGCUUGAGCAGAAAAAAAUCGUUCUUAAACCUCUCGAGCACUUCAAAUUGUUGUUUUGGGUCUUUAAGAUCUUCUUCAGUAGUAGGCUUCACCUUGCCCUGCAGACAAAGGUGUUGCAGAGCUUUGAAACUAGGUGUAACAGUAGCGUCAAUGGCAGAUUCAGCUAUGACUGUGCUGGUCACUGGAGCCGGUGGUAGAACAGGUCAAUUAGCAUACACAAAGUUAAAGGAAAGGGCAACCCAGUUUACAGCUAGGGGUUUUGUUAGGACAGAAGAAAGCAAACAGAAGAUUGGUGGUGCAGAUGACGUGUUUGUAGGUGAUAUCAGACAACCAGAAAGUCUCACAUCAGCUUUCCAAGGGAUCGAUGGACUGAUUAUAAUUACAAGUGCUGUGCCCAAGAUGAAACCUGGAUUUGAUCCCUCUAAAGGAGGGCGCCCAGAGUUUUAUUUUGAAGAAGGAUGUUAUCCUGAACAGGUUGAUUGGAUCGGACAAAAGAAUCAGAUUGAUGCAGCCAAAGCUGUGGGAGUUAAGCAGAUAGUCCUAGCUGGAUCCAUGGGCGGAAUGAAUCCAAAUCAUCCACUGAAUUCUCUUGGGAAUGGAAAAAUUCUGAUAUGGAAACGAAAGGCUGAAGAAUAUCUUGCAGACUCUGGUAUUCCUUAUACAAUAAUCAGGGCUGGUGGCUUGCUAGAUAAGGAAGGUGGUCUGCGUGAGUUAAUAGUAGGAAAGGAUGAUGAGUUACUUGCUACUAACACCAAAUCAGUACCUAGAGCUGAUGUGGCAGAGGUCUGUGUACAGGCGUUGCUUUUUGAAGAGGCAAAGAACAAGGCAUUUGAUCUUGCAUCAAAACCAGAAGAAGCAGGGUCUCCAACAAAAGAUUUCAGGGCUCUUUUCAGUCAAGUGUCUACCAAAUUUUAAUUCUCCCAGAGAUAAAUUUCCACGCUUACCAUGAGAUACAUUACAUCUUUCAAUGCAUGACUAGUGCAUAUAAACAUUGAAUAUCUGGAAAUCUGUGAAUCAAAUUUAUUUAUGCAUUGGUUUCAGGUUAUGAUAUAUGCGUUUCACUUCACCUUUAAAUUACCUCCUUUCUUGUAGGAUCUUGAUUAAGUGAUGUGGCACAUCCAUGUACCAUAAAGGGGUGUGUAACACAUGCUUUCAGCAUGCAUUCAUAGUUUGAAUAUUACUUUCAAUAUUAUGACUUAUUAACUUUUUUUGUAACUCACUACAGAAACACAUCUAUAAAUGUAUUGCUGGACCAUUUGUUUGGUUCUUGAAACUCAA